GAACGGGGAGGGAGCGGGAGCGGCGGGGAGCGGAGCGCAGCGGGCCGGCGGCGAGCUGCCGGGCCAUGGCGCGGCGGGCCGGGGGCGGCGGUGGCUGCGGUGAUGGCGGCGGGGGGGUCCCCCGGCGGCUGGUGCUGUGGCUGGCCCUGUGGGGGCUGUGGGGCGGCGGCGGCGGCGGUGCCCAGCCCGGCCGGGGGGCUGCCAUGCCCUGGGGCUGGGGCCCGGCGGCGGCCUGCAGCCCCCGCUGCCUGCACGGCGGGCUGUGCCUCGGCAACGGCACCUGCCUCUGCUCCAAGGGCUACGAGGGCGAGCUCUGCCAGCACGCCACGUGUUAUCCAAAAUGCAAAAAUGGAGGGGAGUGUCUGAGACCUGGAAAAUGCAGGUGUCCGCCCGGCUAUGGGGGUAGAUACUGUCAUAAGGUAAGCUGUGAAGGAGGCUGCCAAAAUGGUGGGGAAUGCAUCUCUGUCAACGGGGUUGUGAAAUGCCUUUGUGCUUCUGGCUGGACAGGAUCAAGAUGCCAAGAGGCAAUUUGUCCUCAAGGUUGUCGGAAUAAUGGAGCUUGUGUGGCUCCUGGGAUUUGCAGCUGUCCAGCUGGAUGGGUUGGUGGAGCAUGUCACUUAGCUGUAUGUAAACUACCUUGUCAGCAUGGAGGAAAAUGCAUAGCUCCUAACGUGUGCAGAUGUCGACUGCCCUACUCUGGUCUACAGUGUACAAAGAAAAGGAAGGAAUGAAGCAACUUCAGCAAAGAUAAGCUGCAUUUUCUUCACCAUAUAGAGAUGAAGUCUGAGGGAGGGAGAAAUUAAACAUGGUAACUAGUUGAUUUCAGGUAGCUUUUUUGUCUUCAGUAUAUUAAGUGAAUGCUUUUCUGUAUGAAAGGGAAGUAUUGCUGAUUGUAACAAGGCUGUUUUAAGUAUCCAAGUGUGUUUAGUGUGUGGUGCACACUGCGUGUGUAGUGUAUGAUUUUUCUGCUAGUCUCAUUUUUCUUUAUAAGCAGAAGUAUUAUGUCUUGGUUGAUAGAGCUGACCUUGAAAUAAAAUUUACUCUUCAAAUAAAGUGCUUCAAAAUGGAUCUAUUCUCUUCUGUUUAUUUCCUUCUGACUAGAAUCGAUGUUUUAUAUUAGUGAUGUGUUUUUUAAAAAGCACAUGAAACAAAGCAUCCUAAUUCAGAUUGUCAAAAGUGGAUGUUAGUUUGUCUGAUUUACCUUUGAUAAGAUGACAGUUGCAAGAGGAAACUUGCAGAGUUUGCAUCUCUGCAGAAUCACAGCAAAGAGCAAAGCAUUUUAUUAAAACCCCGAUUCUUGCUUUUUGUGUGCUCCCUGCCCCUCACCCCCAAUCAGAUUUGGAUUUCGAUCAGUUAAGCCCUAUUUAAAACAAAAGGGAAAAAAAUGCUUGUUCAGACAGUUCCACUGUUACAUUCUAAAAGCUUAUUCCUUACUGAUACUCUGAAAGUCCUUAUCUUGACUACUUUUACUAUCAUAGUAUCUGAUUAUCUCUGUACUCCCACUUUAUUUAUUUUCCUUAUUGCAGCAGUAUGGGGAAAUGUCUUUAUCUCCAUUCUGGAGAUGUAGAUGAUACAUUUCCACUCAAGGUUGUGUCUUUGCAAGAGCAAGAAAAUAGGGGGCUACAGACUGGCAGUGAGGAAAAGCCUUGGUUGCCAUGAAUCACCUGUUUGGAGGAUGCCGAGAUUUGCCUUCUGGCCAUGCUCCAUUCUGGCUUCAUUUAGGUUUUGCAGCAUUCUGUGUAGGCUGCAAAUCUGACAGACUUCAACAGGCUUUGUUCUAUGGUUCAUCUGUGCUGUUUCUCAAAGGCUACAACUGAGGAAGGUUUUGCCAAAACGUGCAAGUUGAACCAGGCGAUUUCCUAAAUAAUGUCCAAAUAAAUCUUUUUUAGAUUGAUUUUCGUCAUGUUCUAGGUGACACGGAAUUUUCAGUGGGAGUUUCAGCUUUGCAUUAUUUUGAUCUAUUUAACUAUGCAUUAUUUUAAUCCAUGUGAUAAAAUAAGAUUGUAUCUGUGAAUUAAUUCUCUUAUCAAAACACGUACCCUUCAUAGGCAGAGUGAGUUCAUGAACUUGUUUCCCCAGGGAUCACAAGCUACCAAACAUUGAGCAGCAGCAAAAGCAAUGGGCCAUGCUCCUUUACCGAACUAAGGAGAGAAACAAAGCAUACUGCAGACAGAGCAAAGACAGCGUUAUAGCUCACGAGGCUGCUUUUUUUCUGUUACAAAGCAGUUGUGUUGUGUAGCUGAGAAGCCUUUCUCUGCCUGUGCUGUGGAGGCUGUUGCAUUUUGGUUCAGCUGAAACCUGCUGCACGUCUUGUGGAGGUUUUGGUUCUGGGCACAUGGGGACAGAGUAAGAGGAGUGUAUGGUUUUGUGCUGCUUUUGCUAUGGUACAUUGGGUAUUUCAGACAUGCUGGUGAAAAAAUGUAGUUUUCAUGCAUGGAACAAUGAUUUCAUCAACAAUUCAGGAUAGGAUAUAGGGUGAUGAAAUGCUGUGUCUAUCGCAGCUCACUACAGUAAUCAGGCCCUAACUGAGAAGUUCAGGAGUGAAGUUGAAUACCUCAGAUGAAGUACUGGUUGCAGGGAAGUGAAUGAAAAAAAA